CUCUUCUCUACCGUAUACGCCGCGUUCGGUGGCACGGGUAGCAAUGAGAGGUUUCGCUAAGCUGCGGUGGCGCAAGUACAAUGGCUGAAAGGCUCCGGGAUGCGACGGCUGAGGAUUGGCAAGCUGAGGGUUAUCUCCCCGGGCUCGGUCGAUGAUACCGAGCUUCAACGUUCUAGACGUGUCCCAUAAUGGGCCAAUGGAAGAACUCUGAGUUGUGCACCAUCAGACGAAAUCCAACAAUUGAAGUCUGGUUAUUUACCAAAUUGCUAUCUUCACAUCAAUUGGAACUUUUUCAUUGCUCGUCGACUUACCGAUCCCUCAGAGUUGGGGCUCUGUCAGUUGAGCCAUCUACGCGGAGUCCUCUAUUCUUCAACAUUCCUUCGCGCCAUAAGGAGGCAGCCAUGACGGGUUCGGUCGAUUGCGUCACAGAUCUGUCGCAGGUCUCUCCUGUCUUGCUCCGGAAAUAUAUCGACGGCUGUCACAUGCUACAUCAACAUGAUCUAGUGGACGCGUAUGGCCAUCUUUCCGUCCGUCUGUCCAAUACGACCUUUCUGAUGUCCAGGUAUCUGGCGCCGGCUUUGGUUGCUUCUCCUGAAGAUCUUGUCAUAUACAAUAUCGAAGAUGCACAGCCUGUGAAACCAGAUGCCCCAAGAGGUUUCUCAGAGCGUUUCAUUCACUCGGAAGUGUACAAAGCCUAUCCUGCUGUCCAGUCAGUGGUCCAUUCACACAGUUUGGAGGUCGUACCGUUUUCAAUCUCCACUGUUCCGUUGUCAGCUUGUUUUCACAUGGCCGGUUUUCUGGGGACUGCUGUUCCAGUGUGGGACGCGGCUUCAGUGUACAAAGACCAUCCGUCCGACAACCAGGACAUGCUGGUCAGGAACAUCAAGCUUGCCUCCUCGCUCGCAAAGGCGCUAGGGGAGAAUGGUCAGGUUAAGCAUCCAGUUGUGCUCAUGAGAGGUCACGGUAUGGUGGUGACAUCCGAGAGCCUGGAAAUGUGCAUCUUCAACUGUAUUUAUACGCAACAAAAUGCACGGGUUCAACGCAGUGCCAUGGGGCUGGGCGGUGAGGUGAAGUACUUCACCCAGCGCGAGGCACAUGAUACAGGAACGACAACCGGGAUGGGAGCUGUAAAACCAUGGCCGCUGUGGGAGCAGGAGGUUGCCAACGAAACCAUGUACCGUAACCAAAUAUCUCAGCCCGGGUCAGGACGGGACUGACUCAGUUGAGUCUGCGAGACAACUCGGAUAUGCCAAAUAGCAGACAUUGCAGUGUCUCAAGAACCCCUGUCGUCU